CGCAGUGACAAAUAUACAUACACCCUCCACAAGUUUUCACACCCCCCUCAUUUUUCUUACUACUCUCACAACAAACAAAAACCUCUUUCAAGCUUUACAUCAUCUCUUCUUAGCUCCAACUCAAAACCUUCUUUCUUUCCCAUACUUUCAUACAAUGUUUUGAGAUCAUGAGAAGACUUAUCUCAUGUUUUCUUGUUUGCUUCACGCAAACACCUUAACUAUUAAGGUUAAACCUUUGCUUAUUAUCGUGCCUUUAAAGCUUUCUUCUAACCUUAUUUAAAUCCUUCAUUAAAUUAUAUAUUAACCCACCAAACCAAACCCUUAUCUUCAUAUACAUUCACUCUCUUAUUCUUCUCUUUCUCUUCCUCUUUUUCAUUGCUAUGCAUGAAUCUUAUAAACCCUAGUUUGCCCUAGUUUUACCCUAGCUAAUUAAUCAAAGAUGAGUAUGAACUCUAGUUGUAGCGGUAGCGGUGGUGGUGGUGGUGGUGGUGGUGGUGGUGGAGGUUGUAGUGGUGGUGGAAGUGGUGGUGCUUGUGGCCCUUGCGGCGCGUGCAAGUUUUUGAGGAGGAAGUGUAUAUCGGGCUGUAUCUUUGCGCCUUACUUUGAUUCGGAGCAAGGCGCUUCACAUUUUGCGGCGGUUCAUAAGGUUUUUGGGGCUAGUAAUGUUUCGAAGCUGUUGCAAAGUGUUCCGGUGCACAAGCGUCUUGAUGCUGUUAUUACUAUUUGUUAUGAAGCUCAAGCAAGGUUGAGAGAUCCUGUUUAUGGUUGUGUUGCUCAUAUCUUUUCUCUUCAGCAACAGGUGAUGAGUUUACAAGCAGAACUCUCCUACUUACAAGCCCACCUAGCCACAUAUGGAGUCCCUCAGCCACCACAAGCACUUCCAAUGGUCUCUCCUUCAUCCCUCCCACCUACAUAUGACUUAUCUUCACUCUUUGAUCCUAUGGCACAGACUUCUUCAUGGGCCAUGCAGCAAAGGCCUAAUGAGCCUCGUCAAUAUUUGGGCAGUGGCACAUCAACAAGUAGCAAUAAUGGUGGUGAUCUUCAAGUAUUGGCAAGAGAGCUUUUGCAUAGAUAUGGAUCUGCUCCAUCUUCUCAUUCUCUUUCCAAAUGAACUAUCUUUGAUUUAAUUUAAUCAACUAAUCUAUGAUUUUAGUUGAUAUAGUAAUACUAGGAAUUAAAGAUCUUGAGUUUUCAAUGUUUGAUAUUGAGAAAGUAAUUAUAUUCAUGUUUCUUUAUAUCUUUUUUAUAUGUAUAA